AUGCCGAGCUCCAUCGCAACUGGUGACUUUGGGCCAUCACCACCAGGGCUGGAUUUGACGGAAAACCAGACUGGGGACCUGCUUGGAGCAGUGGUUCCUGUCGCUGUCCUCGGGUCAAUCGCUGUGGCCUUGCGUCUUGUGGCCCGACUUCCAACCAAGGAUAUGACGCUGGCUACAGACGACUACCUGAUUGUUGCCGCACUGCUUAGUCUCCCCUUGCCUUGUAUCCCAUACGGUAACGGCUAUCAUCUACAAGCCUUGACAACGCAUGAGUUCACCGUAGUCUGGAAGAUUCUUUUUGCCUAUGUCAUGAUCUACGCCACCGCUGUCACCUUCACCAAGGCCUCCAUUGUCAUGUUCUACGGCCGUAUCUUUGGAUUCCGCUGGACACUGGGUAUCGGUCUAUUCCUGGUCAUAGGAUACUGGAUCACAAUCAUCGUGACUAUCCUCGUGGCCUGUCGACCGCUUCCAUAUUUCUGGCUCUUGUACACCGACCCCACUGCCAAGGGGUUGUGCAUCGACGUGCCAAAGUUCUUCUUUGGGAACGGAAUCGGGGCCAUGUUGAUCGACGUGAUCAUCCUCUGCAUGCCCAUGCCCAUUAUUUAUACGUUGCAGAUGCCACUGUCUCAGAAGAUCGCAGUCACCGGCAUCUUACUUUUGGGUAGUUUUCUCUGCGUCGCGAGUAUCUGUCGCAUCCUGGCCCUCCAGAAGAACACCCAAGGCAUGGAUGCCACCUGGACAAUGGCACCCGUCUUUAUCUGGUCAUGUGUCGAGCCCUUUGUCGGGAUCAUCUGUGCCUGUCUCCCAACCUUCGGACACUUCUUCCAUCGCUGGUGGGCCACUGUCAAGGGCCGUUCUGGCGGCAGCAGUGGUAACAAGACCGAUACGGAGGCCUCGAAGACGGCUACCUGGAUCAAGAAAGCUCGGGCUCGGAAGCCUAUUAAGGACUCCUUGUUCAGCGUGAACGAGUUCGGGUGUGUGGAUGAAGUCCAUCUCAUGAAUGAUAUCAACGCGUCUCGGUCGGUGAAGGAUGAGGUUGGGAGUGCUGGUAAGAAUGACCUUGAGUCUCAGAGUACGAUCACCGUCAAGCAAGAUGUGGAUGUAUCGUGGGCUCAAAAGGGAAGGAAACAUUGA